AUGGAAGAUGUGGGGAAACCUGAGAUAUCAUUAAAUGCUAUUACAGGUGCAGUGGGCCCUAAGACAAUGAGAGUUAAAGGUAGAAUUGGCAUGCAUUGGGUGGUAAUCUUGAUUGAUACUAGCAUCAUCCACAAUUUUAUAGAUCCAUCAGUGGUUGACAAAGCACAGUUGAGACUGAAUGUAAAUGAUAAAGUGAGGAUGAAAUUUGCUAAUGGAGAGCAGAUUAAAAGUGAAGGAAGUUGCACUGCAGUGUCUAUGUUAAUACAAGGAACAAUGUUCACUAUGGAUGCAUUUGUCUUAGUACUGGCAAACUGUGAUGUUGUUUUGAAUCCAACUAAGCUACAAGCUAUGAAUGAUUGGCCAGUUCCUACUUUUAUUAAGUCCUUGAGGGAUUUUCUUGGAGUGAUUGGUUAUUACAAGAAGUUUAUUAAGGGGUGUGGGGAUACUGCUGCUCCUCUUACUGCCCCACUUAAGAAGAAUAGUUUUGAAUGGUUAACUGAAACACAAGAGGCUUUUGAGAAGUUGAAGGUGGCAGUGACUCAACCACCAGUUUUAGCUCUUCCUGAUUUUUCUAAAAUCUUUGUUAUUGAAUGUGAUGCUUUUAAGUAUAGGGAUUAUGGCUGUUUUGAUGCAUGA